AUGUCAGUAAAAAGGAGAAGAAAUGUUGUACCACUCGUUCAAAAAAUUAAAAUUUUGGACAAAUUUAAAAUUGGUGUUACUGUAGCGUCACUUGCUAGAACGUAUAAAAUGAAGGAGUCUAGUGUUCGAGAAAUACGUAAAAAUGAAGAAACAAUACGACGCAGUGUUAUGGAAAGUGCUCCUAUUUCCAACAAAACGUGUUUUAUAACUCAUGAUGUUAUGGUGGAGAAAACUGAAAAAGCAUUAAAUAUUUGGAUUGAAGACCAGACCCACAAAAAAGUUCCUCUCAGUUCUAUAAUUAUACGUGAAAAAGCUAAACAAAUUCAACAGCAUUUUACAAGUUCCUCGCAGAGAGAAGGCAAAAACUCGUCGUUUCUUGCAAGCAAAGGCUGGUUUGAAAAGUUCAAAAAUCGUCGUAACCUUCACAACGUCAAGCUAGUCGGCGAGUCUGCCUCUGCAGAUCAUUUAGCAGCUAAGAAUUUUCCGUUAGAGUUGAAAAAUGUUAUUUCACAGGGAGGGUACACUCUUGAACAUGUAUUCGAUGCAGACGAAACCGGCCUUUUUUGGAAAAGAAUGCCAUCAAGAACUUUUUUUAUCAAAAAAUGA